CUGUCUCUCCACAUCCAUCCUCCAUCCUCCGUUUCCUCCUGUAAGCAUGCUGUGAUCUCCAUCUACUUCGUGCCCAAACGGUGAGAUUAAGGGACUUUUUUUUUUCCUCCUUACACGACCAACCCUCCUCUAUCUAUCCAUCUAUCCAUCCAUCCAUCCAGGCGGAUUUUACCCGGACCUGGUUUAUUUUUUCAGCCCGGUCUUUGGGCUGUGCCGUCGGGGAUGCUGGGGCUGGAGAGAAUCGUGGCAACCUACCACAGGUGAAAGGAGGUUUUACGACGCUGCGGUAUAGAUGAUUGAACACUUUGAGCAUUAACUCAACGCAAUCUUCAGGCACCAGCGCACCGCGCUUGCUUUUACUGAAAUAUAGGACGGAAAUAGAGGUUAACACUACUUUUGGACAACUAAAAGGACGUUUACCAACUUAUGUCUCUGAACGAAUAGGCUAUAAAACAGUGCUUUAUUUCCCAGUUGGGAUUCCUAAGGAAGAUGUGACCUUUUCUUUUGCGCACAGGCAAUCCGACUAGACCUAAUGAGCAAAUCCCUGCUUUUCUAUCAGUUGCUCGAUCUUGACAUGUCUUUUUGUGGGAUUACACGCGGAGAUAUGAGCGCUGUAAGAAGCCGAGCUGGAUUGUGAGGUUACUACCUUUGCUUUUUAUUUGUCUCUUCAAAGAGGAACUAGUGCUCCGUACGUUCAAUGGCUUCAGUGUCAAGGUUGGCAAGGCGCAAAGAUGCCAGUCGCUGGCCGAGAAUGUCGUCAACUUUCUGGGCUGUGGUGCUUCUGACAGCGCUGCUCGUUCUCUACUGCGGCCAGCUGGCAGCGGGAACAUGUGAGAUUGUGACGCUGGACAGGGACAGCAGCCAACCACGGCGGACCAUCGCCAGGCAGACGGCCCGCUGCGCCUGUAAGAAGGGCCAGAUCGCUGGAACUACAAGAGCCAGGCCCGCCUGUGUGGACGCUGGUAUUGUUCGGAAAAAGCAGUGGUGUGAGAUGGUGCCAUGUUUGGAGGACGAAGGCUGUGACCUGUUAGUCAAUAAAUCUGGCUGGACUUGUACACAGCCCGGAGGCCGAGUCAAAACCACCACGGUCUCAUAACACAGCCAGAGGCGGGAAAACCAGGGAGUGACUGUCUGAGGGAGCGAGCUCUCCCCUGGACAUUGGACAAACUACUCACUGUAAAACACUUCCUAUUUCCUGUGACCGGCUCCUCCGGGUUUGUGACUGCUCCCUCUCGCUAUCUGUCGUUGGGUCAACAUGUUGCAUCCACCUCCUCUCCACUCUAUCUGCCUGCUCUGUGACUUUAGCAGCACUACUACUCGUGCCACGGAGGAUCGGACACCUUAAAAUCUCAUGAAUGGUUUUUUGCCUCAUUUGAGGUCCUCUGUUUGGAGCUACUAACUGCUUUGAAUAAAAGGAUUUCCCACAUUCAUCUCCUUGCCCCUAGCGCAGGAGUUCCAGGGCAUAGACGGGAUCAUUACAGAUCAGACCCCGUUGCUUCCCGGACCACCUCAUGAGGCUUAAAAACCAAACUGAGCGCUCUCUGCUGUGAAUAGGCCUUCUGCUGGAGUAAACCGCCCAUAUUUUUAUAGACCAAAGAGCAAAACAACAAAUACGAUCAUUAUUACAGAGUGGACCAUCUGGCACACAGAGACUUUAUAAACUCACUGCUUGUGUCGCCACCAACCAAUGACUGCCCCCACAGAGACACGGUGCACAAGAGGACAGACCCUGCGUACAGUGGCAGAUGUACCUUGCACAAUCAAAGGAGUGCUUUUAAAAUAUUCCAGACAUUUUUUUUCUCAGACUAAGCCCACCACUGUAUUUUGGAACUGGAGAUAUAGGUACUACAUACGUAUAACUGUGUAUCAAAAAAAAAAGAAAAAGAAAAAAAAAAAAAAUCUGAUUUGCAUUUUUCAGUAGCUACGGUUGGGACAGUUUGCAGGAAGAAUUGUCGGGUUGGUCGCGGAUGACGAGUGCAAAUCAUAUCAAAGAAAUGAUGAAUAUCUACAGAGAGUAUAAAUGCUGUCAAGUAUGAAAAGAAGGAGUAAAGAAAUGUCAUUAAAUGUAUUUUGAAAGGCCCUAAAAAGUUAUAUAUUUAACAGUUUUAUAUGUUGUACCUUUGUAGAGAAGCUUAUUGGACUUAAAAUGUGGUCACAAUGGCAGUUUAGUAGGAUGUGAACAAAUGCUGUUGUUCUCAUUACUGCUGGCUCGUAGUCCCAGGUUUUCCGUUCACACCUCAGUAGCCGCUUUCUUUUCAUGGUCAUCAACAAGCCACUGUCUAUCACAACCAUUCAUGGAAAAAAAGGAAAGUGACACAAUUUAUUGAGGACUGAUCUGCAGCCAACUGAACAUUGUAAAUCUAUGGUAGUCAGUGGAAGCCAUUGAAAUCUGCUAAUUUGCUAUGAUAUUGUAUUGUACACGGUGUGGAAUACUGACUCAUUUCCUCUCUUUGGCUUUUGAUCUCUUAAUUUAUUUUUGUGCUUGUGUUUGUUCGCACAAAUGCGGCCUCUCUCCGACGGUGAGGAGCACAACGAGGAGAGAGAGAGAUAGAGAAAGCAUUGCAGAAGUAAUAGAGUCAUUUACAUACAUUUUUUUUAUCAUGAAAUAUUUUAAGAAUAAAUUAAAUACAUGAAAAGAAACUCCUCUGCAAAUUUAGAUGGUCUUGGUGUUCAAGGUCAUCAACGGGAAAUUGAUCUCAUUCUAGUCUUACUUUUAAUGAAUGUACUAUGUGUGUUCUGUCAGGAGAAACGUGACUAUAAGUGAAAGUUUCCUUUUCUUUCUCAGGUGAUCAGCUGGGUUUAUGACCAGAUACUUUCUGGCCUGAAGUCCUAAAAAGCUCAGUGGGAAAAUGUAUGUGGGGGAAGGCAACAAGGGCCCGCAAUCAACCAGUACAGAGACCCAUUUCAUCAAGGUUAUUCUUUAGCUGCACCAGUGACAAACAGGUGGCUGUACUGGGCAGAUGCCAGGUGUCAGUUAAGUGCACAACCUUGAAGCUGGAGGUUGCUGGAAAAGAAUAAUUCAUCAAUCUAUUUUUUAAAGCGCUUUGCGACUUCCAUGACCCAGUAAAAAGCUAUGGAAAUUUUACUUUUUGAAUUCUUUAGUUCUUUUGGGCAUCAACAGCAAAAAAUAUCAUUUUUCAUACAGUUUUUUUUAAUCAUGAACAUGUACCAAAUGAUUGAGAUGUCCAUUUAAAACAAAAGUGCACUUUCAACCACCUGCAUACAUUUGACUCCAUUAAAAUGAAAUAAAAAAACA